AUGAGGCGCGCGUCCACGCCUUCUGAGACUCCCUGCACCAAGGGAGCUGCAGACUCGUCUCCUCAGGUCUUCUCCUGUGACGCAUCUCCGAACUCGUCGUCCGCAUUCUCAAUUGCCAGCGCGUCUCUCUCUGUGUCGUCCGCCCUCGACGCCUCUGCAGGUGUCCCUCGUUCUUCUCUUGCGGAAGAAGGGGCGUCGUCUCUGCGGUCGCUGUCGCCUCCGGAGUCCUCCUCUGAGCAGGCGUCUUCUGCUGCCUCCUCUGACGACGCGGCAGAAGCGGCCGCCGCUCUCCGUACACCGGAGAAAGGAGGCAAGACGAGUGAACCGGGCUCGAAGCGAGGCCGGAGGCCGCCAGGCCGCACAGAGCAGGAGGGCGAUCUCUGGACUCCGUCCUCCUCUUCAGAUGCCAGGCGCGCUUUGCGAAGGGGCUCCUCCUGUCGGAGUGAACAGGACGAUGGAGGAGGUCACACCCAGUCCGCACAGGAGAACGCAGCGUCUGUAUCAUCUUCUCUCGCUUCUGCCGACUUCUCUUCUCAGCAGGAAGUGACAGGCGGCGCGCACAAUAACGGUCACGCGCGAAGCAGAAGAGCGAGCUUGGGAGAGCGAAACAGUUCAUCUGCCUCAGAGCCGACGCCCUCUCCGGCUUCGUCUGGCGGGUCGGCGUCGCUCUCGGGCUCCGCGUCCGCCUCGUCGCUUCCGUCGCGCCGCGUCUCCGCUACCUUGCGAGCCGCCCGCGCGGCCAGCGGAGGUGUCUCCUCGGGGGGCACGGGGGCUCCGAACGCGGUCGCGGAGCCUCAGGCGCCGGAGCCGGGGGCGUCCAAGGGUCUGAAGGGACGGAAGGGACCAGGCGAGGAAGAGACACUCGAGAGGGUAGAAAUCGUUCCCGGGAGUGUCGAGCGAGAGUCAGAGAGGAAGACAGAGAAGGAGAGAGGCGAUGGAGCAAGCGGCGCGGACGACAAAGCAUGCACAGAGGGAAGCAACGAGGUGGCGAAUCAGAGCGGCGCGAAGGAAAGUCAGAGGACCGCAGCACGGGAGCAGAAGGAAGGAGGGACUGGAGGCGGCGCACUCGCAGAGAAAGAGCGAGACAGAAGACGCACUGCAGACGCCGCUUCGAGCUCGGCUCCUGUGUCGAGAGAGAAAGAAGGUACGCGCGUGCGCGAGGAGUCUGUCAGAAUGGAGAAAGAGCUGGUGGCUGCGAAGCGGUCGGUCCGAUCGCGCGUCGCGCUGAGUCGCAGCAGACACCGCGCAGAGGAGCCGCGAUGGGACGAAGAAGACGAAAGCGAGCCCGAGAUGACGCUCGGCUCGCGCGCGGGCGGCGCGAAGGCGUCUGGUGUACAGACAGACGAGGAGAAGGGAGACGCGGGGCGGCCGCGGAGAGGCCGCGAACGCGAAAGUCGAGCGGAGAAAUUUGGAGAAGACGAGGAGGGGGGGGUGGAGAUGGGUCAGAAGGAGGAGCCCAGAGAGCAGGGCGAGCAGCAAGAGACCCCAGAAACUGCGGAGAAGGCAGAGAGGAGCCAGCGCGGCGAAAGAGGGGCGGGGGUCGCCAAGAGUGCGGCGAAGGAGCCCGAGAUUCUUCGGGGCGCGAAGACCGACGUCUACCGGGAAAACAAGGAUACGACUCGAACCAAGCCGCAGGCGCUGUGUGUCUCUAAACAGAUAGCGGAAGACGAAAGAAAGAGGCCGGAGGCCGCCAAGAACGACGCAGAGGGAGCUGAGGACGCGUCUCUGAAGGCUGAGCAGGACCGACUCGACGACGACGCAGGGGGCGAGGAGAAGAGGCGCGGAAAGAAGAGAGACGCACGCAAGAAGAAAGCGAGCGCCGUCGGCGCGAAGAAACGAGAAGAAGACGCCCGCGACGACGAGGAGGCGGGUUCCGCCGAGCAGGAGCGGGCGCAGGGAGAGCUGCGCAGAGAAGGCGUCGAGCCUGACGCGAAAGAGGGCGGUCAGCGGUCGAGGGAAGAAAAGAAGGCAGUCAAGCGUCCGCCCGCCGAGUCGGGGGGCGACGCACCAGAGGGAGAGACAGACAGACAAGAAGGCGGCGCUGGGCGCGGCGCCGCUCCGCAAGAAGAAAUCACCGAGCAGCCGCCGACGAAGCGGGGGAGCGGCGCCUCCCUCCAAGGCGACGAGCUAGCGCCCGAGCCCAGGGGACAGUUGGGAGACUCCAACGGUCGCCCUGGAAGCCCGCGCGUCAGCAAGAAAGGCUCUGAGAGCUUCGCGGAGCGGGCAGCCACAGAGGACGGAUCUCGCGGACCGAAGGACGAUGUCGAGCGCGGCAAGAAGGAAGAGGAGCCAGACGCUGCGCCAGAAGCGGGAGAUCGGGGGCACCUCAAGUCUGAGGAUGCGCGCCCCGGUGGACAUUCAGAAGGCCUGACAGAGAGGGAAGUCGACCCGAACGAAGGAUGGCGCGAGACGAGAGCUGCGGAGGCAAAAGGCGCCGAGGGCGCGAAACGUGCUGCGGCGGAGGGAGAGCAAACUGAGGCAGCGGCCGCUGCGGAGGCGGUCGCUUCAGCCGACGACGCGCUCCGCGCGCAGGAUGCGCCUCGCGGGAGCGACGGAGACGGCAGCAGCUGCGGAGAGGAGCCUGGCGAGCAGCCAAGCGAAGCGCCUGCGUCGAGCGAGAGGACACGCACCGCCGCCGCCGGCUCUUCGACCUCGCAGGCGUCUUCUUCCGCCGGGUCUUCUUCCAUUUCAUCUCCUCCGCAGUCGCCGUCGAGUUCCUUCGCGUCUGCGGGGGGCGCGUCUUCCUCACGGUGGAGCGUGUUUGGCACCCGCAGCUCUUCGCGCAUCGCCGCCAAGUCGGCGGCAGUCCGCGGCCGAGACACGAUGGCGCGGCGGAGCUCCCGCGGCGACCUCGAGAGACGCGAGCCGCAGAGGGAAGGCGAGAAGCAGCAGGGCAGCGACGCGGCAGAGCCCGAAGAUGUUGCCGGCGAAAAGGACGACGCGCGCGACCCGCAGACGGGGCUCGACGCAGGGUCCGGGGCGGCGGCGGUCGCGGCCCAGAGCGACGGGCUUGAGAGCCGCGAGAAGGGUGAGCUUCACAGCCAGAGGAAGGGCUUGGCCUCACAGGACAGGCAGCAUCCGGCGAGACAGGAAGACGCGAAGGCGGAGGUCGACGGUCGCGGCGAAGACAAGGAGGCGCACAUCAUCGGCGCCAAGGGACAGGAUCUGCGCGGAGAGUCGACGCUCCUUGGGUCUCCCGUCGCGUCGCCUCUCCCCUCGAGUCAGCAGAAGCUGGCCGCGACGACCGACAAUGCAUCGCCAGCAGGUGGGAAGAGCUCCUCGCGCAAAGGAACGACUCCUGCCGCCAGCGAAGAUCCGCUCGCCGCCUCCUCGGCUGUCGCCUCGCCUGCUCACGAGCCCAGCGACGCAGGGGGGGCGCCGCGUGCAGUCUCGCCACUCGCGAGGCACCCCAAGGUCGCCGCGGCGGGUGCGCGCCCGAAGCGCGGCGCAGCCGCAGGCCGAGGCUCCGCGCCCAAGUUCGCGCGAGAAGGGCGCGACGAAGAUCUGCCCGCUCGCGCAGAGGCGCCUUCCGUCGAGGGCGAGAGGGACGCGAGCCGAGAGUCCGAUGCAGCCAGGGGCCCUGUCGAGCGCGACAGACCCGUCGCCGCGUCCUCGCUGGCCUCGCGGCGACCGGCGCUGUCGCCCGCAGUGCUUGCGCACAACUCCGUCGUCGCCUCGCCUACCCCCGACGCUCCCUCCGAUGACGCGUCGUCGUUGAUUGUUUCCUCAAGCUCCUCCUCCUCUUCAUCCUCCGCGUCCUCGCGGGAGGCUGCGCCCGCGCGGCGCUCGGCGCGCCAGCAGCUGCGCCACGCGGCGUCAAGCGGCCAAGCAAAGCCCGGGGGCGACGGCGUCAGUGAGGCUGUGCUGGAGACCCUCCAGCCGCGCUCGCGGAAGGGCUCCGCCGAUCAGGCGCCCAGACCCGAGGCCGCAGCGGACGCGGCUGUCUCCGCCGCCCCGUCGCCGGCCCUUCCAGGCGACGCCGCUGCUGCGUCUGACGCAGCCGCAGCUGGCGCUGCGGAGGGCACUGCCGCAGCCGCGGAGGCCUCUGCGGCCGCGCUCGCGGGGGUGUCGCCGACCGGUGAAGCGCGGAAGCUGAGUCUCCUGGGGGUCGGCGGCAUCGCCAACUCGCCGUACUGGAGUCGCCCCAGCACGCGCUCGGGCGGGGCGGGCAGCGGGUCACGCCACCCGGGCGCCGCAGCCGGCGGCGCUGAGAAGGCCAAAGAAGGCAGCAAAGGCGACGCGGCGCCGGCGAAGCAGUCCUCCGGCGCUGCGGCGGCGGCCUCUCCUCUCGCGUCGCGGUCGCGGCUGCGAGAAGCGAGGGGGGAGGACAGCUGCUCGCCUCGGGCAACAAAGGCUGAGGAAAAAGAUGAGCAGGAGGCGGAGGAGUCGCGAAAGGGUGCCGAGGACGCGAAGGAUAGGACCGGAAAGGAGGCAAAGGACAGCAUUGCGCGAGAGACGGAAGGGCGAGAGGGGGGAUGCGAGAGGCCCGCGGGGCCGAAGGGGUCGGCGGCGCACGUCCGAGGGAGUGGCUCCGGGCGGUUUCGGACGCGAACGCUGCGGCGCGAAAACGACGAGGAGAAGAAGAAGGAGCUUGCACGCGACAGUCGAGAGGAGAGCGAGGAGGCCAAGCCGAGACGGGAGGAGGACGCGGCGACGGCAGACGCGUCGGUCUGCGGAAAGAAGCGGAAGGAGUUCCUCCCGACGCGGGGAAGUCAGUCGCUGGAGCGCAGUCACCGCGCCGCUGAGGCGAUGGCUGCGGUCGCGGCGGGGGCGGCUGCAGCUGCGCGCGAGAGGCGACAGCAGGGCUGCAGCGCGGCAUUCGCCGGCGGCAGACCGACGCAGCCGCGCGCCGAUCAGGAGGGCGACAAUGAACCCGCGGAGGAAGGCGACGAGCGCGAGCUGUCUUUUUUCCGCCUCGAAAGCCGGCAAAGCGGUGCCGCGGGCUUGCUCGGCUUCAGCAGCACCAGCAGCAGCCGCGAAUCGUCUCUCGAGACCGAAGACGCCGGGCUGCGACGACGCGGCUCGUUUUUAGCCCCGCUCCAAAGGGACGACAGGGCCAAAGGCAGCGGAGAGAUGCGCGAAACGCGCGCCGCCUCUCGCGCGCGGCGCGCCGGCAGCGCGUCCGCGGCGCCGGAGGCAGAGGCGGAGGCGAAGGACCGCGAGGAGGACGCGGGGAAGAGGGAAAAGGCGGAAGAAAAGAGAGAGAACGAGGGCGGAGACGGCCGGGGAUCUGGCGAGUGGCUCGGCCGGCGCAGACGCCACAGAGGCGAAGAGGAGGAGGCGGACGAAGACUGGAGUCGCUCGGGGAUGCAAGGAGGAGGAUAUCUGCCCUCAGGCAGGAGAUGUCGCAUGCGGAGGACGUCGCCCUUUUCCUCCCCUCUCACGCGGCAGCGACCCGGGGGCCCGCGAGGAACGGAGGGAGGAGAUGGAGGGCGAGAAGACGAGGCGCGGGAGGAUGGCUGCCUCCCUAAGAUCGCGAGAGAGGAGCGAGACGGGAAGCUCGAGAGCAAAGAAAACCGGCAAGGGGAGGAGGGGGAGGACGCGUCUCUCGCGCCCGCGGGAGGAAUCGGCCUUCGCGGCGCGUCCGCGAAGCGAGGCCCUGGAGGUUCGCUGAAGGAGACCCGCGAAGAGGAGGCGGAGAAAAAGGAAGAGCCGAAUGAAGAAGGAAGCGAAGGCGGCGAAAAAUAUGGCGCUGCCACCACGGCGACUGGCAUGUGCAUGCGUUCGAGUCGCAAGCUGCCGGCGUUCAAGCGGCGCACCUCGACUCACGCCUGCGAGGCAGCGUCUUCGCUACCCUCCUGCUCUUCAGACGCGCGCGAGACGGGGGUGGAGAGGGGGGAGGAGAGUGCGGCGGAGGAGGAGGAGGAAGACGAAAACAGGGAAGGCGACGGCGGCGAGAAGGCAAACAGAUCCGACCUCGCUGUUGCGCCGGCGUCGCUUCGCGUCUCGCUUCGCCAGAAGCUGCGGCAGGAGGGCCGCAGAGACGAGGCGCCUCUUCCGCCCCCCGCGGGUCCGCGCUUGUCGCGUCUCGACAAGCGAGCCGAAAGCCGAGACCCCGACGCGGGCGGCGGCGCAGACGCUGGCGCCACACGCGACAGACGCGAGGAGCUCGAGAAGGACGCAGACGCGAAGGAACGAGAGGCGGGGGCAGGGAAGGCGCUGGAGAAGCGAAGCGAAGAAUCUGACGAGGGUCUUCGCCCUGCCGGCGCUCGGGACGCCGACGCGGCGACGGAGGGACAGGAGAGGGACGACGGGGACGACGAGCUACCGCCACGGAGACGGGUGAAGCGCGAAGUGGACAGGCGCGGCGCGCCGGCCGGCGAGCGGAGCCACGACGAGGAGAGAAGACGCGAGCCCAGAAGCCGCGAAGGCAACGAAGACGGGAGUUCUCGACGCGCGGCGACGCGGCACGCCACGGCACGCGCGUCGGCGUCGCCCAAGAGCGAAGACCUCGAGUUGCCUGGCAGGAAGGCGCUCGACGGCAAAACCGAGGAGACCGGCAGCACCGGCGGAGAACUCACAGCGUUCAAGGCGGUGAUUGCGAAGCUUGUCGCCUUCAACGAAGCAGACAAAGGUGAGAAAAGCGCAGAAGAGGAAAUCAAGCCGCGUUCGAUGCGUGGCAGAGGAGGAGGCGCAGACGGAGGGAGCGUGAGCUCGGUCCGUCUGCAUGUGGGCCGCUACCCCCAGUGGUACGCGGGCCCGUGUCCCGCGUUUGAGCCCCGCCACAACCAACUCUGCUGGUGGAGAUUCCGUGUCCAAGCCAAGUACCAGCCCGGCCGCGUCGUGAUGGACUUCGACGAAGAAAUCCGAUGCGGUCGUCUGACAGAGGCCGUGAAGCAGCAGCUGUUCAUGACAUGUGUGCGGCGCUCGCACGGAACCUCGGCGGCUCAGAGUUUGAUUUGCCGCAGCAACACGGACGAGACGGGCGCGCCCUCAGAGCCUGCCCACAUCGGCGACAUCGUCAUCGUGCAAAACCUCGAGGACCUCAAGUUCUCCGUCUGCAAUUGGAAGGUCACGAAGCCGCUGGCGUUUCCGGCCGGUGAGCUCCAGGGGCGUCUCGAGCGCGCGAGCGGCAGCGCGUUGGGCGUUCUGAACUCACUUACGCGCGCCAAAAAAUUCCUGCAAAUUCGCGAAAAAUACAGCGGUCUGCAAUUCGGCUCUGUGGAGUCACUCGAGAAGCAGCUCCUCGACAUCCUCGCGCGCGAGCACCUCAAGCCAACCCUCGACAUCGUCGCGCAUCUUCAGCAGGUUGACGUCGGUCACGUGCUGCAGACGUAUACGUCGAUGCCUCCGGGUUGGGACUGGGCGGCGUACCAGCAGGAGCAUGAUCGGCUGGUGGCGCAGCGGAAGCGCGGGAAAGGCGAAGCCGCGCUGCUGUCGGCGGCCGGCGCGUCCGCGUCGUCGUGUGCGUUCUCGCCCUUCGAGGAGGAGUCUGCCUGUUCGGAGAGUGGGAGCAGCAGCUCAGGGCACUCAACGUCGGUGCUGCUUCAUCCGCCGUCGUCCUGUUCGCCGCAUAUGUUCGGCUCCUUCUCGUCUUUUUCGCUCGGCGCGAAGACCGCCGCGCCGCGCGGAAGCCUCGCGUCCUCGGAUGCGCUUUCGGCGUCUGUCGCGUCGUCGUUGCGGCGCGAUGAGAAGCGUUCGCUGAGUCAGGCGUCGUCUCUGUUUCCUUCCUUUGCGUCGUCGCCCGGGGGGGGAGCUCGGCGGGUCGUGUACGCGGCGACCCCGCCGCACAUCGCUGCGGCGCGCGCGGGCGCGGAGUUCGGGGCGCUCUCCGGGCAGCCGACGUUUCAGGCGAUUCCGGUGCUUUCCUCGCUUUCGGCCUCGCUUUCUGCGUCGUCGCUGCUGGACGAUGACUCGCUCGCGCUGAUCGCCGACCUGCCGCCGAACCACCCUCUGUUUCUCGACCUUGUGCACCGUGGCAAAGAAGCGGGAGCGGGCCAAGCCCCCGCAGGGGCGGCGCAGGGCGACGACGCGGUCGUCGGGCGGCUGCCGGGCUUCAGUGGGCAGUGGGUGAAGAUGCUCAAUCAGCUGAUUCUGAAGCGGCAGGAGCUACUCGAGCUGCUGAGGCCUGUGCCCCUGGAUCUGCUGCACAACCCGACGCACCUCUUCGGGCCGCUGCCGGCGCUCCUCCCCCCAGAGAUCGUGCUGCACGUGGCGGUCGUCUCCGGCGACGCCGCGGCUGCCUGUCAUCUGCUCACCGCGAACCUAUAUCUCGCGCGCCUCGCAGACAACGUCGCCAUCCGCACUCUCGACCCUGCGCAGAAGCGCGUCCGCGUGCUCAGCGUUUCCUCGGACGAGGGGGGCGGGGGGAAGGCCUGCCGCGCCCAGCCCCUCAGCCUUGCCCGGCUGCGGGGCAGCAGCCCCGCGGGCCUGCGCGAGGACGAGGCCCGCAGGCGGAAGAAAAUCAAGAAAAAGAUACGCGACCGCAGCCGCGACGCCGACGGGGAGUCGGCAAACCGCGCCAGCGGCCGCCCCAGCAAGAAGCGAAAGCGAGAUCCGAACGAACCGCCAAAAAGACGAGGACGUCCGCCAAAUCGCAUUCGCUUCGCGAUGACUGGAGGCGCUCCCCCGCCGGCGCCGCCCGCCCCCAAGGCGGCCUCCCCAGCGUCGCCCUCUUCUCUGCGGCGGUCACUGCUGCUGCCCUCGGCGUCGCUGGGCUCCGUGUCGCCGGUGGAGCGAGCCGCGCGGGCGGUCUCCUACGAGAUGGGGCAUUCGAUCACGUUCUCAGUCGGGCUGACCUACGGGCGCCUCUUCCGCCCCUCGCUGAGCAGCCGACUCUCUCUUGGGCGCAAGCUGCGCGAGAGGCGGCGCGGGAGGGCGACAGAGCGACGCGAGGGCGAGGGAGGCGGGAACGGCGCCGACGGCGAGAAGAGCGACGACGCCGGAGAGGACGGGGAGGGCGACGAAUCCGAGAGAGAGCGGAUGCGCGCACUCGAAGUGCGGACGCGAGCGAAACGCAAAUUCGACCGAAAAAUCGCCUGCGCCCCGUGGGUGGGCUGCUGUCCGCGACGAAACGCGGAGCUCGCCGCGGCGCUGCUCCUGCGAAAAAACUCGAAAGACCUCGCGCCUUUUUCGCAGGCCCCUGCGACCAGAGCCGAGGGAGACUGCGGCGAAGGCGGAGACAGCGCGGCUAUCGCAACGCGAGACGCCCCUACGGCAGCCGCAGCGAGCGGAGAGGCGGAGGUGCGACAGGAAGAGGCGCCGCAGAGCGACCCCCCAGCCGCGAAGCGCGGCGCCGAGAGACCCAAGGGCGACGCGGAAAACGGCGACACAGCCGAGGUCGCCGAGGUCGAGCGAAACACAGACAAAGGUUGCGAAAAGCAGCGAGGAGAAGGCGGGGAGGGAGGUGGACGAUCGCCGGGGCGAAAGGGCGGAGAGAGGGAGACGGGGGACGUCGAGAAAGCGCAGGCUGGCGGCGAAGCGGAGGGGGACAGGAGUGAAGACGCGAGGAACCUGAAGAGCGCUUGCGAGGAAGCCCAGUCGCCGCAAAGCGCUCAGCGGAAGCACGUGGAAAAGGACAGCACGCGACGCAGGGAGAACAUGCCGUCCGACAGCCCUCGCCCUCGCGAAGGUGGCGAAGCUGCCCCCGCCCCUUCGGCUGUCUCAUCGUCCGCGCCGUCUCAGGAAGGCGAAGAGGCCCUGGUCAACGGCGGCGUGCGCAGCGAAGAAGAUCGGCGUUCAGGGCGAGAGAAGGAUAAGAGGAAGAAGAUGCGGCGGGGAGACGACCGCGGGCUUCGAGAGAAGAAGAAAACCAAACAGACGACGCUGCUUGCCUGCUGGGGUCGAGUCUCGGCGCUGGGCAAAAAUGAGAGAGGGGAUCGCGCGAUGGUCGAGGAAGAGGCGAAGAAUGAGGGUGCUCACAAGGCAUCGUAUGUGUGCGACAGCGAGCCCGACCAGGCAGGCGGAGGGGAAACCGCAGACGCGAAAGAGAUCGCGGAAGCGAAGGAAGUCUGCGAGGCGAAGGAGAGCGGAGCCGACAGCGACGGGGCUGUCUCCGCUGGAGAUCGGCAGUCGAGCGCGAUCUUCUUCUCGCCUCUGAGUUCGUACUCCGCCGCCGAUGCGCAGGAGCCCGACGAUCGCGCGCUGCUGCCCCCGCCUCUCGCUCUGGGGGGAGAGGAGGAGGACGAGGGCGGCGCGUCAGGCGCCUCCGCGGGCGCCAGCGUCGAGGCACGCGAGGGAGAAGACGGCAGCUGUGCGCCCGUCGACAGCCGAAAGCGAGCGAGACAUGAAGGAGAGGAGCUUGAGCGCGGCGGGAAGGUCUCGAAGGCAACGCCGAGCAGCCGCGAAGACUCGCGCGAAGGUGCAGGCGAUGCGCGCGAGCGCGAGCGUCUCAGGGAAAGCGGAGGCGCGGCGACUGAAGGAAAGAUGCGGGACGGAGAGGGACAGGCCGGGGGAGGCGUGCAGGCGCCAGACGGGCCUCAGGCGACCGGCAAAGGCGAAAACGAAAGAGCGCCGCUCGCGUCCUCUUCACCCUUCUUUUUGGCGGGAAAUGACCCUUUCAGUGAGAGCGAGACCGACCUCCAGGCGGCCAUGCGCCUGAGUGUGAGCGACUUCGAAGAUGAGGAAGAAGAGGAGAGAGGGGAAGAGGGUUCUGACGCGAAAAAAGGCGACGCCCCGGCGGGCGGCGCGGCACAAGAAAAAGCGCAGAGAAGCCCUUCGCGUCCCGCGGCUGACGUUCAGGGAGACGCAAAACAGGUACUCGUGAAGAAGGAAAUACGCGGCGAAGUCGCCGCCGAAGCAGCGGGGGAUGGAAAGAGGAAAGCGCGUUCUGGGGGUGAGGACGCACUCGGCAAGCAAGUUGUGGAGAAAGAGAACACAGCAGAUCGGCUUCUCUCUGCACGGGCGUCGUGCCUCCGCGGCGAAAGGGACAAGCGGGCUGCUCUGGGAGGCUCGCCGAGGAAGGCCCGCGGGGGCAAGCUGAGAGAUGCAGAGGGCGACGACGCCCAGCGAGCGCAGAGCGAGGCGCGGAGGAAGGAGGAGGAAGCUCUGGCGGAGGCCUCUGCGCUCUUUCCUUUCUGUCACCCAGGCCCCUACGAGGGCGUCAAUCUCAGCCUCCUCUGCCUCCACACGAGCUGCGACGACGAGGACUUCCUGCUGCGUGUCGCGCUUGAGAAGGUUUCCUCCACGUCGCCGCCGCUGCAGGAGCUCGAGCGGUGCUUCAUCACCCACGGCGAGCGCUUCGACUUGCACUGGCUCGACCGGCGUCUCGGGAACACGCAGGCACUCCAAAAGAUUCAGCCGCGCCUCGUUCGACUCCUUACUUCCUAUCGCACGCGCAUGCUGUUGGCGUCCUCGCUCGCGCUCUCUGCGCAGUCCGCGCCGCCGAGCUCCUCCGCGCCGCUGUCGUCCUCCCCCGAGGUCGCGCUCUUCGCUGCCGCGGCCUCCAGUGCCUCGUGCCCGUGUCAUGGCACACCAGGCUUUGAGAAGGAGAUCGCGGGGCUGAAGACGCGGCAAGAGGUGGGCGCAGUGAUGCUGCGCGAGGCCCUCGCGCUCUUCGCCGCGGAGCGCUCGCGGCUGACGCGGGAGCGGAGAGCUGCGAACGCGAAGGAAGCCGCGGAAGAGGUCCGACGAGGCGGCGAGGAUAGGGGCACGCACGGGCGACGGAAGGCGCUGGAGCCUCGGGGCGUCGUCGAGAAGAAGCCGCGCGAGAAGGAAAACGCGGAAAACAGCGGCGGAGCUGCGCUGUCGAGUUGGCUGCCGCCGCCCGCGGUGCUGCUCUCGAGGCAGCAGCCGUCGUAUGACUGGCAAAUCGAGGCGAUCGCCGCGCUGCCCGAGCGCGAGGUGCCUGCUGCAGACCGCGGAGACAAGGCUCCAGGGGACCGAGCCGCUGCAGAAAAAUUCAAAGAAAAGGUGCUUCCGGUCGAGUUCGAGGCGCUCUUCCAGACGCUGCAUCUUUUGGCGAGGCAAAAACUCGCGGCGGCGACCAAAAAGACGACCGCGCAGGGCGCUGAGAAGCGCAAAGGGACGGGCGCGCGAAAUUCAGCGGAGGCGGCUAAGGAGACUGAAGACGCGCGUGAGGACGUGACCGGGAAGCAGCCGAAGGCUGAAGAGUCGCGCGAGCCUCUCGAAGAAGAGAGACAGCGGGACAGGCGCGGGCGCGGCGAUGAACACGAGGACGUCGAGCAAGCGAGAAGGCGAACCGAGAGCGCUGGCGCCGGGGCGAGCGCGUCGCCCCGAUCCGCGAAUGCAGGGAGCCUGCGCAAGGCAGGCACCGCCUCCGGCGAUGGGAGAGAGAAAGAUGGCGCGGGAAAGAAGCAGGGAAGGGAACGGGAGAAGCGAGAGGAGGCGCGGAAUGCAGACGGAGAGGAAAACCGACUGAAACGCGAGAAGGAACUCCGCGUCCGCGAGGCGAUGGUUCACGACGAGAUUCGCGAGAUCGAUGAGUGGAAGCAGAUCUUCCUCGAGCUGCUUAGCAUGCAACAGGGGACGCCGAAAAAUCCUCAUAUUCUGCCGUCGCCGCCUGCAGACACCAUCUUUCCCCACGACUAA